CUGUGUCCUGACUUUUAUCUAUCCUUAGGAGGCAGUGCCUGUGCCAUUAGCAGGCCCAAUGCAUUGAAUACAUGGAGGAUGCAAACCAAACUGGGAUGAUUCACUUCCACUUCCGCCCCUUCUCCAAACUCCCCGACGUGCAGAUGCUGAUCUUCGUGACCUUCCUGAUUAUGUACCUGGUCAGCAUCAGCGGCAACGUCUCCAUUUCUCUCAUCAUCUGGAUCAACCAUUCUCUCCACACCCCCAUGUACUUCUUCCUGGCCAACUUGGCAGCUCUGGAGGUCUGCUACUCUUCCACCAUUGCCCCUCUGACUCUGGCCAGCAUCCUGUCCCCAGAGAGAACCCUCAUCUCCCUGCCUGGCUGUGGCACCCAGAUGUUCUUCUUCAUCUUCCUGGGUAGCGCUGACUGCAUUCUUGUCACUGUCCUCACCAUCCCCUUCCUGCUGAUCACUCUGUCCUAUGCCUUCAUUGUGGCUGCCAUUCUGAAGAUCCACUCUGCAGAAGGGAGGCAAAAGGCCUUCUCCACCUGCUCCUCCCACCUGACUGUGGUCGUGCUCCAGUAUGGAUGUGGAAGCCUCAUCUACCUGUGCCCCAGCUCCAGCUACUCUCCGGAGAGGGGCCAGGUAGUGUCUGUGGUUUACACAUUCAUCACCCCUGUGCUGAACCCCUUGAUCUAUAGCAUGAGGAACAGAGAGCUUAAGGAUGCUUUGAAGAGAGCAAUGAUGAGUUUUCUGUUGCCCUAA